AUGCGGCUGAAGGCAUCUCGGACGAAAAAGGCUGAGAAGGAGGGUGGCAGGCAGGCGAUUGGGAAACGCUCUCGAGAUAAUGAUGAGGGGCUUGUUGUCAAAGCCUUGGUGGGGAAGAGGAAGGCUUUGGAGGAAGCCCACCAGAGUGUGAUGAGGACGGGACCGAGGCUUCCACCUUUUAAUCUACUAGCACCGCAGAAGCUUCCCUUUGGUAUGGAGGAGGUUUUUGCUGAGGGGAUGGAAAGGGUUGACUUCGGCAUCAAGAGUGACCCCGAGGCCUUGGCAAGGAUGCAGACCUCCUUCUUUACAAAGCGAGCACAGAAGAAGAUCCUUACGUCUACCUAUGUUGGGGCGUAG